AAAGCUUCUGCUAGUUUUUACUCAACACACAGACUAGAGAAACACUGGAUCCGAUCGGGAAGCUAUGUUCAAGCAUACUUUCACAGAUUUGACCAAGUUGCCGAAGCAACAGGUUCGCCAAUGGCUAUCCUCGUUCGAAUCCGUGAUCCAUGAUGCUGAUGGAGUCCUUUGGCACUUCUCGAAGGCAAUUGACGGAGCUGUGGAUACUUUCAAUUACUUGAACACCACCGGCCGAAAGACUUUUAUAAUCUCUAACAAUUCGGAGAUUUCGAGGCAGGAGAUGGCCGAUAAGGCUCAAGGUUUUGGUAUAGAGAUCAAGGAGGAUAAUGUGCUGACUUCGUCCUUUUCGUGUGCCAAUUUCCUGGCUGUCAAAAACUUCCAGAAGAAGGUUUUCGUCAUGGGCGAGAAAGGAGUUCAUUUUGAGCUGGAAAAAUUUGGCAUUUGCUCCCUGAAAAUGUCCGAAAAGCUGGAGAAGCCCAUGCACGAGUUCGUCACUGAGUUGGAACUGGAUCCCGAUGUGGGAGCAGUGAUUGUGGGCCGGGAUGAGGGCUUCAACAUGGCUAAGCUGGUUCGAACCGGCAGCUAUCUGCUGAAUCCCGAUGUCAUUUUCCUCGGCACCUGUUUGGAUGCCGCCUAUCCCAUCGGAAACAACCGGGUGAUGGUGGGCGCCGGUGCCACCUUGGCUGCCAUGAAAGCCUAUACCGGAAGGUCGCCGCUGGUGCUAGGAAAACCCAAUCCCUGGAUGGCGUCUACACUCAUGAAGUCCGGGGCCAUAAAGCCGGAAACCACACUAAUGGUGGGCGAUACACUGCAGACGGAUAUGCACUUCGCUUCCAACUGUGGUUUCCAAUCCCUGAUGGUUGGCAGUGGUGUGAACACCCCGAAGGAAGUGCAGCAGAUCAUCGAGGAGGGUGACCCCAAGAAGAAGGUCAUGGUGCCGGAUACCUACCUUCCCAGCCUGGGCCACAUGCUGGAGUUUCUCUGCUAGACCGCAUACAAAUUGUAAAUUAUCAUUGCCAACAAAUUCUGCAUAAAAUCAAUACCACAAAGGCCGCCUGACACGGCCUGUCUUCAAUGUCA